AAAAACAAAGGAAUAGAAUCUGUCUCUUGGAUUAUUGAUUAUUUUUCUCAUUUUGCUUUGUCAUUCAGUAAAAUCAAAGCGUAUGAUGAGUUACCCUCUAACAAAAAUGACGAUGAGGAGAGGUGAAGCCAAAGGAGGGAUAGCUGGCAGAGAAGGAUGCUGUUUGGUCUGCCUUCCUCCCUCUCCAAGCCCUCCAGGCUCUUCACCAUCAUAGGAAGAGACAAUGAUGAACUCAAGACGCCUAUUUAUAGCCUGCGAUGGCCAACACUAGUCCUCUGUCUCUGCUGUGUGGACAUCCGCCUUGCUUGGUUGUAGAGUAUGCGUGCAUGUGAUUACCCUCAUGACAAAGAACGACACGAGUGGGAGAGAGAGGUGGACUCAGAGAAACUGAGCUGAAUAAUCCCCUGGAAAAGGAUAAGACUGGAGGCAAAACAAGAAAAGAGGCAAGAACGAAUGUGGGCUUUGGUCCAUCAAUCAAUGAAGAAUGCCGGAUGAUCAGUGGAGUUUUAUGGAGUAACUUUGCUCUCUCUUUUUUUUGCAAUUUAAGCCAGAAGUUCUCUAUGAAUGAGUCUGCUCUUGGAAGCAUUUUUACUAAAACAUUCCCAAGUCACCAGGUGAGGAGGAGGAGCUGGAAGAGAAGGACAGAGGUGGAGACUUAACUGCACUGCUCAUUACUCAAAUGAUUUGACCUGCAUUCACACUUGACUCAUCACACCAAGUUUUGUCAGCGCCAUUGCAGAUUUCUCUUCUGUGAUACAGUGACUCCCACUAACCAUGAACAAUGGAGCCAACAUCAGAGUUUUAUCCCAAAGGCAGAGUGACGCAAGCGUCAGUUCAAGUCUCCCUUUACCUCAGACCAUGAUGCCUCUGCCAAAGAUGGAUUCCAAACAGUACAGCAGCCUCCCCGUUCCCACAGUGCAGUAUCAGCUCUCCUCCAGACGACAACUUGCAUAUUCUUCAUCAUCUGUUUCCUCAGAUCCUGCAGACGUGGUGAGAGGCAAAGUUUUAAAAGCUAACCUAAUGCAGCAAAAGAUCGGUAUGCAUUCUAACAGAGGCCCAGUCGGUACAGAGCGAAGCGAUGGAACAUGUUCGGCAUACAGCAGCCCUCAGGUUGCAAAAAGAGACGUUCCACGUUCCAAAGACACACUGGACCUGCGAAACAGUGUAUUGACACACAAGGCUUUGAGAGACCUACAGCUAAGGAGAAACACCAAUAAGAACUGGACUUUUGGAAAGAGUCGUCUAAGGAGUCUAGACAACGCACAAGAGGGGGACACCUUACUGAAGCACUCAGCUAACUUUUAUCCAGACCGAGAACGAGAUUGUUUCCUUUAUACCAAAGGGACAAACGGGAAUGAAAGAUCACGUCCUUCUGCUGCUGGACAGGAGCACUUCCAAAGAGAAGUGAGGAACAUCUCAAACCAGGACUUGGGAGGUUUUGUGGGAGAUUUUCUUGGUAAUAAACCAAAAGAUUCUUACCAGAAGUUUAACAUGAAACGAAGAGGGAGCGAGCCAGGAAAAAUCAACAUGGCUGCUGUUGCUCCAUUUAGGUUCAGGUUUCAGGUCAGUGAGGAUACAGAUGCUACACUUGAUGAUCUGAGUGACUGCUCCUCUGAUUCCAUGGAGGUCUGCUGUGAUGAGUUAGGUGAGUCUGAUGCCUUUGGCAAUUCAUAUUUGGGAAUAUUUGGCUCACUCAAGGUUAUGAGGCAGAGGCAGUCUUUUACAAGAAUCUGUGUGGUUUCAGAAAUUUCACAGGUUUUCUCUAAGUUUUUUUCUUCUAUUGAAAGGUAAAAUGAAUCCCUUGAAAAAGGAAUACUUCUUCCCACAAAUUAAAGUGAUGUGUCUUUAAGGCCCUUCAGUACUAUUAUUACAUAUUGUUCUGCUAUUGCAAUUUUUCACUCAAUUCAAAAAUAGCAAGGGGAAAUUUGAAUAUAUGCAUUGAAGAGUAAGUGUUGUAAAUCUGCAAAUGUGAAGCAUCUGUGCUUUUAGAAUAAAGUAGUCACUUCUGGAACUUCAUUGGGGCAGCUUUUCUUAAAUAGAGAUAAAGGAGGAGAAAUAAAGUAGGAUGACCCUGGAAUAAAACAAAAGAGACAACAAAAACCUUCAUUGGUGGUUAAAUUCACCUCCCAAAAGGAAAAUUAGCCAGCGUUUUAAUUGAGUGGUUUAGAUCAAAGCCCAUUUAAGUCAGAAUUGCCUAGUCAAUAAAAUAUAUAUGGCAGGUCUUAAAA